AUGGAGUAUCGCGCAGAUAGAUGCACUAGGAUUUCAUUCAAAGAUCAGCUACAGUGGCUAGUACCAAUUGGUAUUUGUGCUUCUCUGGAUAUAGGUUUGUCAAAUUGGGGUCUUAAAUAUGUGACAGUAAGCUUUUUUACAAUGGCAAAAUCGAGCAGCAUAUUGUUUAUAGUUGCAUUUGCUAUACUGUUGCACUUGGAGCGGUGGCGGCCUGUUCUUGUCAUAUCUGCGGGAUUUAUUGCAUUUGGCUUAUUUCUCUUUACUUGGAGAUCAGUUCAAUUCGAACUUCGUGGUUUACUGUUGAUUGAAUUGGCAGCAGCAUGUACGGGAUUACGAUGGACAUUUUCACAAAUUGUUAUGCAAGGAGAGGAAAAAUUACUCAAACAUCCACUGGAUAUGGUUGUAUAUGUACAGCCGUGGAUGUUUCUUGCUAUUCUUCCUCUUUUCUUCAUUUACGAAGGCUCCCAUCUUUCUUUUGAUAAAGUGACGCAUUACCUUAAUGAGUACGCGCCAUUCUAUGUUUUAUUUUUUAUUUCUUUUGGUGGUUUAUUGGCUUUUGCAAUGGAAAUAGCAGAAUAUCUUCUUCUCGUAUAUACAUCGGGUAUCACAUUAAACAUAUUCGGGAUAAUUAAGGUGAAUACAGUUGGUUUACUCUUGUGCUUCUGUGGUAUGCUUUUGCACGCUAUUUCAAGAAGGACAUUACUGAAAGCUCGCACAAAAUCACGAGCACCGGACACGAGAAGACUUUUGACAGACGUUGAUGCAUAA